AAAAUCAAUCAACAUGAGUGGACAACAGUACUACCCGUACAAGUGCACCCCCACGGUGUACCCCGCCGAGCCCUUCGACCCGGUGGCGGACGCCGAGACCCUCCGCAAGGCCAUGAAGGGCAUGGGCACGGACGAGAAGGCCAUCAUCGACGUGCUGUGCCGCCGAGGCAUCGUGCAGCGGCUCGAGAUCGCCGAGACCUUCAAGACUAACUACGGCAAGGACUUGAUCAGCGAACUGAAGAGCGAGCUUAGCGGCAACCUCGAGAACGUGAUCCUCGCGCUGAUGACCCCCCUCCCCCACUUCUACGCCAAGGAGCUGCACGACGCCGUGGCGGGGCUCGGCACCGACGAGGAGGCCAUCAUUGAGAUCCUCUGCACACUCUCCAACUACGGCAUUAGGACCAUCUCCGCUUUCUACGAACAGCUGUACGGCAAAAGCCUAGAGUCAGAUCUGAAGGGCGACACCUCGGGACACUUCAAACGCCUGUGCGUGUCCCUCUGCAUGGCCAACCGCGACGAGAACCAAGGCGUGGACGAGGGCGCCGCCAAGGCCGACGCCGAGGCCCUCGCAAACGCCGGCGAGGGACAGUGGGGCACCGACGAGUCCGUGUUCAACUCCAUCCUCAUCACCCGGUCCUACCAGCAACUGAGACAGAUCUUUGCCGAGUACGAGGCGCUGGCGGGCAAGGACAUCGAGGAGACCAUCAAGAAAGAGUUCUCCGGAAGCGUGGAGAAGGGCAUGCUUGCCAUUGUAAAAUGUGUGAAGAGCAAAGUGGGCUUCUUCGCCGAGCGCCUCUACCACUCCAUGAAGGGCCUGGGCACCAACGACAAGACCCUUAUCAGGAUCGUGGUCAGCCGCUCCGAGAUCGACCUCGGGGACAUCAAGCAGGCCUUCCUAGAGAAGUACGGAAAGCCCCUGGAGGAGUGGAUCGCUGGCGACACGUCCGGGGAUUACAAGAAGGCUUUAUUGACCGUUGUCGAAUAAUUGUGGGGCAGGCGGCGGCGAUUCAAACAAACGCUAAUUCCAAUUAUUUAAGCUAAACGUCAAUUUCUCGGUUGUAAUUUGAUCUGAUAGGCCAUCGGCGCGCGGCCUCCAAACUGUUAUCCUCACUUGAAGACGGAGCGAGUCAGUUUUGCGGCCGCGCCUUUAAGAUUAAUUUAUUUUUAAAAAGAUCUGUAUAUUUUGUUCCUCUGCGCAUAGUCAUGUAACUUUUCUUCGCACUGUACAUACUGUCUAGCUAACGGCUUCUUCAUGCAUGAGCGCGAGUGCUGAAUGGUUUUUACAAGUAGUUGUUGAUUUUUCAGGAGGACGUAGGAGGUACUCGGGGCCUACUGCUCUCUACCUUGAGCUACUAGACCCCGCAUGCCACUAAUGUGCAAACUCAGUAUUACGAGCGUCCUUGCGCGUAACCUAGCUGUGUGAAGAAAGUAGUCUCAUCACAAAUACUUAUACCAUUGUAUCGAUGUAACUUAAAUGUGCAUUUUAUUAAAGACAUUUAUAAUUUUAAGAUAUUAGAAAUCUCGUGUUUGAUAUUUUUAUUCUCUUUAUUUACCGCAUGGUGUGUGAAAAAUCUCAACUGAAAUUAUGGGCCAGUUUCGUAUUAAGUUUAACGCUUAUUACAGCUUCGUUUUCGGUAUUGUUUGCAGGAAGACAUAAACGGCGAUUUCCGAGAUGUCCUAGUCGGCCUUUGUUACUAAGCCUGUACUAUGAGGCAGAUAUACUAUUGCAUGCGUAGGUACCUAUUGUAACAUGGUAUGUUAGGUCGUUUUGUACAAAUGAAAUGUAAUGUUUUCCAGGGUGAUACGAAGGGAGACUACAAACGCGUGUUACUCACUCUCGUACAAUAGCGACGAUACGCAUAAUAGGUAUAAGACUACAUGUUGUUAUGAAUUGAUGUUGUGCGCAUAACCCAAGUUCCGAUCUGAAACUGCCUUUACAUUGUAUAACUGUUGAGAUGAUAGAAAAAGCUUGAUAUUUUUGUGAAAUGAGAUAUUUAUUGAUGCUGUAGUUUCGUUUACAAUAUAUUUACAUUAAUAAUUAAACUAUGUUCCACAA